AUGGGAAAUUCAACCAGUAGCGCAUUAUCGAAGGAGAUCCUGAAGGACCUGAAGCUCACCACACACUUCGCUGAGGAUGAGAUCUCCCAGUGGUACGAGAACUUUCAGAAGCAGUGCCCGACAGGACGCAUUACACCAGAAGAGUUUGAGCAGAUCUACGCCCGCUUCUUCCCUGACAGCGAUGCAAAGAGCUACGCACGACAUGUGUUUCGCUCCUUUGACACAAACGACGAUGGCACCUUGGACUUCAAGGAGUACAUCAUCGCACUGCACAUGACCUCCACUGGGAAGACGACCAGGAAACUGGAGUGGGCCUUCUCGCUGUUUGACGUGGACAAGAACGGAUACAUCAACAAGACAGAAGUGACGGAGAUCUGCCAGGCCAUAUUUAAGCUGAUCCCAAAGGAGGAGCACGCCAAGCUACCAGAGGAUGAGAACACACCAGAGAAGAGAGCCAACAAGCUGUGGGCUUACUUCGAAAAGAAAGACAACGAGCGACUGGCUGAGGGAGAAUUCAUCAAGGGGGUGAUUGAAAAUGAGAAUGCAAUGCGUCUUAUCCACUAUGAACCACCGAAGGAAUAAAGUCAUAACCAUUUAAUUCCCUCUCGUUAAAGUCUUUCAAACCCUUUUCCUCCUUGCUCUUGGAUCCACUCCACCCCUCUGUGUAAAUGCUCUUCCUGCUAAAUAUUGGU